AUGGUGACAGUACGUUGGUUUACCGAACGUUUUGCGUACAAAAUAGUGCCCAUGAUCACGGCCUAUCGCCAUCAACGUGGCGUCCACAUUAUGUCCCUCGGCAGUCAUCUUUCAAGCCUUCCUCGGACGAUCUUCAAAACUGAUGAUUGGCCUUGUUCGCCUGCUGCUGCUGUUGCUGCUGCUGCUGCUGCUGAUGCUGCUGCUACACUUCAGCUACCAGCAACCAACACGCACACCGAACUACCUCCGCACUGA